AUGCCAAACAAAUCACAACUUCUUUCUCUCUCUUAAUUCUCUCUCUAGCCUCCUCUUCUCAUUCCAUCUCUACAUCUUCCCCUUUCAAGUAUAUUAUAGUGAACAAAACAGACUUAAAUAAGGUAUCAAGUAGCCAUGGAAGCCAUCAAGAUAAUCUUCCUAUUCGCCAUAGCAAUGGCCUUAUCCGUGGCCUUGAUCACCCUGACCAACCCUACUGAAGAAGAGAAAGGUAUUGGAUGGAGUCAGAAGGGAGAGCUGAACCAAGAAAAUGAUCAAGAUGGAGAGAAAGUAGUUCCUUCGAAAAGAGUGAGUAGGUUUCUGGCUGAUACAAAGGAAAGAAACCCUAGAGCCGCAGACCAUUGCCACAAGGACAACGAGGUGUGCUACACAGGCUACGGAAAUGCUACUACUUGCUGCAACAACAAGUGCAUGGAUUUGAUGUACGAUCAGCACAACUGCGGCGCCUGCAAGAAGAAGUGUAAGUACACUCAGACUUGCUGCCGAGGGGAGUGCGUCGACCUGGCUUUCGACAAGAGGCAUUGUGGAGAAUGUAACUAUCGCUGUAAGGAUACACAGUAUUGUAUCUACGGUCUUUGUGACUACGCUUGAUCAAGAAAAAAAAUGAUACUAUCUAUAUAUAUAUAUGAUAUGAUCGUCAUAUAAUAAUGAUUGAUCAUGUCGUGUAUAUAUAUACGUGAUGAGAGGUUCGUCAUUUAAUUUGUCGCAAUAUAUUCAAUAAAACAAAACCACGUGAAAUGAAUUGGUGGUUCUCAAAAACGCAAUACAUAUAAUUUUAGUAUUAUUAACAUGCAUUUUUUAUUACGUUGAUCAUGAUCAAGAAGCUGUGUGUAAUUUCAUCAUUUAUAUAUUUGAAGUACUUUAUGAGUAUAAAAUGUAUCCAUUGAUUUAUAAUUUAUUUUUCCAUUAUACA